CCCCCCAUCUCUCCCUGGCUUCCUCUGUCUCCCUGUGUCUCACCCCCUCUUUUAAUCUCCCCCAAAUCACUCUUUCCAUCUGUCUCUUGCUGUCUGCUGGAGCGUUGUGACCGGAGAACCAGCAGCCCGGGCGCUCCCCCUGCCCGCCUCUCCAUGGCCCCCUCGCUGGCUCUGGCCGGGGCCGCCCUGCUGGCGGGCGUGCUCCCCUGCUCCGGGGACACCCCUGCCUCGGCCUCCCCGGCGCCCACCGCGAGCCCCAACGCGAGCCAGGAGAGCAGCUGCCCGGGCUCCACCCGCUGCCAGCCCGGGGUCCUGCUGCCCGUGUGGGAGCCGGACGACCCGUCGCUGGGGGACAAGGCUGCCAGGGCCGUGGUCUACUUCGUGGCCAUGGUCUACAUGUUCCUGGGAGUGUCCAUCAUCGCCGACCGCUUCAUGACCUCCAUCGAAGUCAUCACCUCCAAGGAGAAGGAGGUCACGGUCACCAAGAGCAACGGCGAGACCAGCGUGGGCACCGUGCGCAUCUGGAACGAGACCGUCUCCAACCUGACGCUGAUGGCCCUGGGCUCCUCGGCCCCGGAGAUCCUGCUGUCCGUCAUCGAGGUGUGUGGCCACAACUUCCAGGCCGGGGAGCUGGGGCCGGGCACCAUAGUGGGCAGCGCCGCCUUCAACAUGUUUGUGGUCAUCGCCGUCUGCAUCUACGUCAUCCCCCCCGGGGAGAGCCGGCGCAUCAAGCACCUGAGGGUCUUCUUCGUCACGGCCUCCUGGAGCAUCUUUGCCUACAUCUGGCUCUACCUCAUCCUGGCCGUGAUCUCGCCCGGGGUGGUCCAGGUGUGGGAAGCCCUCCUCACUCUGGUGUUCUUCCCCGUCUGCGUGGUCUUCGCCUGGAUGGCCGACAAGCGCCUGCUCUUCUACAAGUACGUCUACAAGCGCUACCGGGCCGACCCCCGAAGCGGGGUCAUCAUCGGGGCCGAGGGCGACUACCCCAAGGGCAUCGAGAUGGACGGCACCUUCGUGGGGCCCGACCACCACCGCGUGGAGGCCGGGAUCGGGCCGGGCCCGAGCCCCGAAGACCGGGAGCUGGACGAGAGCCGGAAGGAGGUGAUCCAGAUCCUCAAGGACCUGAAGCAGAAGCACCCCGAUAAGGGCCUGGACCAGCUGGUGGGGAUGGCCAACUACUACGCCCUCCUGCACCAGCAGAAGAGCCGGGCCUUCUACCGCAUCCAGGCCACGCGCCUCAUGACCGGGGCCGGCAACGUGCUCCGCAAGCACGUGGCCGACGCCUCCCGGAAGCCGGCCCUGCUGGACGGGCCCGAGGAGGAGGAGGAGGACGGGGCCAGCCACAUCUUCUUUGAGCCCAGUCUCUACCACUGCCUGGAGAACUGCGGCUCCGUCCUGCUCUCCGUGGCCUGCCAAGGCGGGGAGGGAAACAGCACCUUCUACGUGGACUACCGGACCGAGGACGGCUCGGCCAAGGCCGGCUCCGACUAUGAGUACAGCGAGGGCACGCUGGUUUUCAAGCCUGGGGAGACUCAGAAGGAGCUGCGCAUCGGGAUCAUCGACGACGACAUCUUCGAGGAAGACGAGCAUUUCUUCGUGCGGCUGAUGAACCUGCGGGUGGGGGACGCCCAGGGCAUGUUCGAGCCCGACGGCGGCGGGAGGCCCAAGGGCCGGCUCGUGUCCCCCGCGCUCGCCACCGUCACCAUCCUGGACGACGACCACGCGGGCAUCUUCACGUUCCAGGACCGGCGGCUGCACGUCAGCGAGUGCAUGGGCACCGUGGACGUCCGGGUGAUCCGCAGCUCCGGCGCGCGGGGCACCGUCCGCCUGCCCUAUCGCACCGUGGAGGGCACGGCUCGCGGCGGGGGCAUCCACUACGAGGACGCCUGCGGGGAGCUCGAGUUCGGAGACGACGAGACCAUGAAAACUCUCCAAGUGAAGAUAGUGGAUGAUGAGGAGUAUGAGAAGAAAGACAACUUCUUCAUUGAACUGGGGCAACCCCAGUGGCUGAAGCGAGGGAUCUCAGCUCUCCUGCUCAAUCAGGGGGAUGGAGACCGCAAGCUGACUGCAGAAGAAGAGGAGGCUCGGAGAAUUGCGGAGAUGGGAAAGCCGGUCCUGGGGGAGAACUGCCGCCUCGAAGUCAUCAUAGAGGAAUCUUAUGACUUUAAGAACACAGUGGACAAGCUCAUCAAGAAAACAAACCUGGCUCUCGUGAUUGGGACCCAUUCCUGGAGGGAGCAGUUUCUAGAAGCUAUCACUGUCAGCGCAGGGGAUGAGGAAGAGGAGGAGGACGGGACGAGGGAGGAGCGGCUGCCCUCCUGCUUCGACUACGUGAUGCACUUCCUGACGGUCUUCUGGAAGGUGCUGUUCGCCUGCGUGCCCCCCACUGAGUACUGCCACGGCUGGGCCUGCUUCGGGGUGUCCAUCUUGGUCAUCGGGCUCCUGACCGCCCUCAUCGGCGACCUGGCUUCCCACUUCGGCUGCACCGUGGGCCUCAAGGACUCCGUCAACGCCGUGGUCUUCGUGGCCCUUGGGACGUCCAUCCCGGACACGUUCGCCAGCAAGGUGGCGGCCCUGCAGGACCAGUGUGCCGACGCCUCCAUCGGCAACGUGACGGGCUCGAACGCCGUGAACGUGUUCCUGGGCCUCGGCGUGGCCUGGUCGGUGGCCGCGGUGUACUGGGCGGCGCAGGGCCGGGCCUUCGAGGUGCAGGCCGGGGCGCUGGCCUUCUCCGUCACGCUCUUCACCAUUUUCGCUUUCGUGGCCGUGUCCGUCCUGCUCUAUCGCCGGCGGCCGCACAUCGGGGGCGAGCUGGGGGGCCCGCGGGGGCCCAAACUGGCCACCGCCGCCCUCUUCCUGGGCCUCUGGCUCCUCUACAUCCUCUUUGCGAGCCUGGAGGCCUACUGCCACAUCCGGGGCUUCUAGGAGAUGCUCCGCCUCCGGGCGGCCCUCCGGCCCCGCCCACCCUAAGGAUCUAUGACCACGCCCACGCUCCUGGGGGGUGGCCCAGUCCCAUCCCAGGGAGCUCUCCCCUCGUGCCCAGGUAGUU